AUGGCGGCGCCCCCACCGUCCUACGCCCAUGCCGUCGCCGUCGACGACGAAGAAGACGACGGCUUCGACUGGGAGGCGGCCGUGCGCGAGAUCGACAGCGCCUGCGCCCUCGCCUCAACCUCCACGGCCGCCGUUUCGAACCCGUUCCCGCCGCCGCCGCCGCGCCAACCCUCGCCGUACCCACCUCCCUCGGCCGCGGCGCCCUUCCCCCACGGGCCGCCCGCGGGUGGCGCGCGGCAGUCGACGCUCGACCGUUUCGUCGACUCCUUCACCAAGAGACAGUUAGCGAAGGAGCGGCCGCCCCCAGCGCCGGCGGUUCCUGUGGCGGCACCGGUGCCACCUGCCAGCAGAGGGGCGCGCUUCGCGGCACGCCCGGACGAGGGGUGCUCGCGGGGUGCAGGCAGGGAGGAGAUCGCGGAGGGGGCCUGCGCCGUCGCGCUGGACCACGAGGCAGUGCAGACAUGGGUCUAUCCAACUAAUAUAGAAGUCCGAGAAUACCAGCUAUAUAUUGUCCAGAAGGCCUUGUUUACAAAUACACUAGUGGCUUUGCCAACUGGACUUGGCAAAACAUUUAUCGCUGCAGUAGUGAUGUAUAACUAUUUUAGAUGGUUUCCUGAAGGUAAAAUAGUAUUUACUGCCCCUUCACGUCCGCUUGUUACUCAGCAAAUUGAGGCAUGUCAUAAUACAGUGGGUAUACCACAGGAGUGGACGAUUGAUAUGAAAGGCAACCUAAGCCCUGAGAAGCGUUCAAGUUUUUGGAAGUCCAAAAGAGUAUUUUUUGUCACUCCACAGAUUCUUGAAAAUGAUAUACAUUCUGGUAUAUGCGUGAUGAAACAGCUAGUUUGCUUGGUGAUAGAUGAAGCUCAUAGAGCUUCAGGAAAUUAUGCUUACUGCACUGCUGUUCGUAAGUUGGUGGCAUCACAUGUACCAUUAAGGAUUUUAGCUCUGACUGCUACACCAGGAUCAAAGCAUCCAGAUAUCCAAGGUGUUAUCAACAAUUUAUGCAUUUCAGAGUUGGUUCAUCGUGAUGAAAGUGAUCCUGAAGUCCAACGAUAUGUUAACACACGUACAGUUGACCUUGUAAAGGUUCCUGUUGGCAGUGAUACAUUUCAAGUUUACGAGAAGCUUUUGGAAAUUAUACAUCCAUAUAUUGCCCAAUUGCGUGCUGCUGGGGUGAUUGACAAUAGGGAUGCUGAAAAGUGGAGCUCACACCAACUGCACAUUCUGAGGGAGAAAUUCAAUCAAGCACCCCCACCAAACAUUCCUAUUGAAAAGAAACAUGAAAUUCGCAGAUCUUUUGCAGCUGCCUUCUCACUUUGUCGCAUAAGUAAAUUGCUUUUGAGCCAUGGAAUCAUGCCGGCAUAUCAGGCGAUUGAAGCUAAUUUGAAUGAAGGGGCGUGGAAUAUGUUCUCAAGGAUUGAGGCCUUUGCCAGAGCAAAGGAAAUGAUGCAGAGCUUCUUAAACAAGGGCGUGUCCAGUCCAAAAGUGCAGAAAUUGGUAGAAGUGUUAAUAGAUCAUUUCCAAAAAAACAAUCCAAAGGACUCAAGGGUGAUUAUAUUUUCACAUUACCGUGAAAGUGUCAAAGAAAUACUAGGUGCAUUAGGAGGCAGUUGUACCAAUUUUUUCAGACCUGCUCAAUUCAUCGGUCAGAGCUCUGCAGGCGACAGGCUGAAGGGGCAGACACAGAAAAUGCAACAAGCUAUUUUGCAGAAAUUUCGAUCUGGGGAAUACAACAUUCUAGUGGCAACAUCAAUUGGCGAGGAAGGACUAGAUAUUGUGGAGGUUGAUCUUGUGAUCUGUUUCGAUGCCAAUGUCUCUCCAUUAAGAAUGAUUCAACGCAUGGGAAGAACUGGGCGGAAAAAUGAUGGGCGAGUUGUGGUGUUGGCUUGUGAAGGACAUGAGUUGCAAGGGUACAAAAAGAAACAAGGAAGUACUCGGACAAUGAAAAAUCUAUUGCGCAAACAGGAUAACUUUGAUUUCCAUGCUAGUCCUAGGAUGGUUCCGCAUAUCUAUAAACCGGAAGUUAAAUAUGUCAAAUUGUCAAUAGAGAAGUAUGUUCCUUGUUUAAAGAAAAGAAAAGUUGAUGUUAGUUGCGCAUCACCAAUUUUGAACAAGAUGUCAGUGGAAGAUGACCAACUGAUUGCUCGGUACUUUAGUGCAUGCAAAGAGGAUAUUUGGAAGCCAUCUCUUGUUGCAUUUCCUAGUUUCCAGGUUUCUCCCUGUGAUAUCUAUAAAGUACCUCAUUCUUUCCGAACAACAGAUAUGCUAAUUGAUGCUAUGCAACGGCUUCAAGAUCUUUCUUUCUCUAGGACAAAGUGUGGAACCCCCUUGCGAGAACCUGCUGAUGUAGCAGCUCUGAAGGAUCAGCCACUGGAAGGUCAUUACUAUCCAACUGGACAAGUGGCAUGUAGUAAAAGUGUUUGUGUGACAAGUUCUCCAGUAAAAAAAUAUCCUUUACACUCUUUCUUCUGUGGAGAUUAUGUAGCUGUGGAUAUUAAAGGUUACGUUUCAAUCACCUUUGUACCUGCCGUGCUGAGAACAUCUGAAUUCCAUAAGGACACACAGAAUGUGAAUUGGCAAUAUAAAGUCCAGAACAAGAUGGCUCCUUACAAUUUGACAACAGAAGUCAGUGGUCCAAGAACAGAUGGUGCUUAUUCAAGCAAACCGAUAUUUGCAGAUAAUGCAUCAAAUUUGGAUCCCCAUUCCCCGGAUUAUUCUGAACAAUAUGACCCUGGCAGGCAUGUACUUUUUCGUACAACACCAUCUAAAUCAUUUUCAAGCCCAACAGAAAAAUGGGGCACACCAUGCAAUACUAAAUUAGCGAGCCCAGCUUUGUCAGUUCAGGAAGACACGGAACUUAGUCCCAGGCUAACACAUUAUAUUGAAGAAGGAAUUGUUCCCGAGUCUCCAGUCCUUGAAGCUAGCCACCAGAGACUUGAAACAGAAAGAGCUUCUGAUGUUUGUUUUGUUCCUAAGGUUGAUUAUUCAAAAGCACACACUCAGGGCAAUGGGCCAGGAUGCCAUGAUGGAUCAUUGAGCUUCGGGGAAAAGGGCCAAUUUCCCGCUGGGGUAACUGAAGUUCUUGGAUUAACCAGGGAUAAUGUAUUAGGUCAGACUCAAGUAGAGGCAGAAGAGCCUUCAAAUGUGAAAAUAUGUAGUCCUGCUGCUCGCACUCCUACAGCAAAUCUGCUCUGUGAUAGCUUGUCUGAUGAUUGGCAGGUUAAGUCAGUAGCAGGGGAUACAUCAGGGUCAGUACAGCAAGCACCCAAGUAUAGAAGACUCUGCAAAUAUGGUGAAAAGAUCAAGAGGGUUCCCUCAAUGUCUUUGAAUGACAGAUAUGAUGGAUGUGGCGGAAGACAAUGUGAUGUUACAAAUAAAAGUAUGCCGAACCAAAUGGGGCAUGCUAGGGGAAACAAAGGGAAAGCCAAGAGGCGUCUGGAUAUAUAUAUUGAUGAGCAAGCCGAGGUGUCUGAAGAUACUUAUAUUUCAGCGGAUGAGGAUGAUGAUCAGAGUGAGGACAAAUACGAAGAUAGCUUUAUUGAUGACCAGGCAACUCCUAGUGGCCAAUUUACUCAGAGUGUACAAGGUGGUGAACAUACUGGCGACAGAAUGGCUUUCUAUAGGCGGUCACUACUUACUCAGUCCACAGUAGUUCUUCCCUCAAGAUACCAAGAUCUCUCUGACAAUUCUGUCUCUAUAGCCGGAAGUGCGAGCUGUUCAUCAGGAAACUCGCACAAUCCUAUCGAGACUCCACAAGGGAUUCUUCAAAAACAUGGUACCACUGGCCCAAGUCCUCUAGGUCCCCAGCAAAGCUCCCUGGAGAGAGCGAGUUUUAUAAAGGAGCAUGGUCAAGCUAGUGUUGUCAACUGCGAAUCAACCAGCAAACCAGAUAGCAUAAAGAGAAAGCUAAGCUUCCAGCAAGCUGCCUCGAUCCCUAUCAUAAACCUUGAUCUGGAACCAGCACCACCUUCCUCACACCUUGCUACUGAAGCCGGCAAUGAUAUAUACUGGGAUGAUGCUUUCUUUGAGGGCCUCGAUCUUGAUGCAAUUGAAGCACAGGCGACCGAGCAAUUGAGACUGCAGAAGGCACAAUCACAGAAGCCAGCAGAAACUAAGCGAGCAUCUGAUGUGAGCUUCACGCCUCCAUCGUUUGAUCUUGGGUUCUGAUAACCCAUUUUGGUGAAUUUCACUUCAAAAACCCAUUCUGGUGAAUAGCCAUCCAGAAUAUGCUUAUGUGCUGUUCCACCAGAUUAUCUGGGAUCAAGCUUCAGAUAUGUGCGAUUAGCAACAUCCUGGUCUAUCAGUCUGUUAUCAAUGACCUCUUUCCCCACAAGGUCUGAACUUGGGUGGUACAUGACAGACGGGGUUCAAGAUGUUUCAGAUGAGCCCUGCUGUGUUGCUGCCACGACUGCUUCUGUGAGAAUAUUUAUAGGAAGCCCAGAAGAUCAGGAGGUGAUGUCGAGAGAUACGUGGCAGCUAUUUAGCAUUCAGUACAUAAUUACACCUUGUAUAACAACAGGUCAACAGCCCCUAGCUGUAAAUAUUGUAUUAUGUAAGUGCCUAGCUGUGGGUGUGUACAAACGAAAUUUGCAGUUCCUUGAAAGGUUAACCAUGCAGUAAGGGUUAGCUUGU